GUGACAUGACGCGCUACAUCAAAACACAUUCCUUAGUUGUAACAUUGCCGUCAAAURCGACAAUCAAUUCUUAUAGAGAAUUAAUAUACGCCGCUUUUGAAAGGCUUUAAUAUCAAAAGCAUGGUUUUCUUGAUGUAUUAAGAACGAUGGGGGUAAUAGUUUCAAAGAAAGAUGGCCAAGAAAAGACUGCGAAAGUUCAACGAACUGCCGCAGUAGUGAAGGCAUUCAAAGCAAGCCCCAAACCAGCGAAGAACUCYUUUAAAACAAAACAUUCCGGUUACAAUGACAAUGGUUAUCACACAGCCUAUGAUUCUAGAUUAGGGAAUUUUUCUCUGACGGGYAGAAAUCCUGAUAAAGGCUCACUUUCUUAUGGAUUACCCGAGUUGGAGGAGAUUCACGAUCCAGGAAGCCGRCUUGCCGGGACUACGGGAUAUUGGAAUAGUUCUCAAGAUACUUCUGAUUCUAUCCCAUACUUUGGCGCUUGGAAUGAAAGGGUCGUUAAUGACGAGCUAUGUCACGUGUGUGGAGUAUACACCGCUGAACCAGUAUCGCCGUGUAAGAUCUGUUGCCAUGUUUACCAUCAAACRUGYAUGAAAAGAAAAGGGAAGUUGAAUGAUCCYUGGGAAUUAAAGAUGUUUCAAAAUGCGUCCARCUCGAAAGAGGGAUGGAGUUGCCAUAACUGCGAAAGUUUGACAGCGUUGCUGACUGAUGAGGAGAUGCAAGAACUCAUUGAAAACUUUGACMGACUCGAUGUCGACCAAGACACUCAGAUUACCCAGGAAGAAUAYGUUCGAUAUAAAAAAGCCCAAUACAAAGAUACCCACCAAACAGACCUCCCUCGUACACAGGUUGAGGACGUUCGCCGCGAGUUUACAAUGAUGGACAAAAACAAGACAAGAACGCUGGACUGGUGGGAAUUUUUAAACCAUGAAUCGCUCAAAACUCUUGGAAUAAAACGAACCAAGUAUCAAUUGGUUAAGAUGUUAUCUCCUCGYGAGAUCCAAGACGCGCGCGAUAUCUUCCACGCAUUUGAUACCGAUGAAGAUGGCUACAUCAAUUCAUAUGAAGUUACCAAAGGAUUUGGACGGUGGUUUGGUAACCUUCGAAUAUCAGAUGGAUCCGGGAGCGAUUCUUCCUCCUUUGGUAAACCGCUGGAUGCUAAGACUGUAUCUGGUCACGUAGAUAGGCAUACAGAGWUGUUUAUGCAUGCUGACACUGAUCGAAACAGACUCGUGUCAUGGGACGAAUACUUGAGAGAAAAGGCUUUAUUCAUUCUAGCUGAUCGUCCUAACUAUCGUACAAAAUGCAGUCCAACUUUAUUUGAAAGGGACUSGAUUUCCUGCAUUGGUACGUAAUAUAUUUGCUGUAUUAGGGAUGACAAGCUCGGUCGAGGACCAUGAAUCGUGGUUGACUGAUAAUCUUAUAGUUUUCCUAAACAUGUAUGUAUGUAUGUUAAACUAUGAAUAUUAAUUCAUGCUAAAUUCCAUU